AUGCUCAGAAGCCCCGAGCACCACGCGGACGAUGACUCGUGCCCUGAUCGGGUAACUAAUCAAAGUCAGGAACUUCGCCCAACAUCGUUGCCUGCCCCACUUUCAGGCGCUGAGGCUACCCAGGCGCUCCUGAAAGCGAAAAUCCGUGAAAUUCAGUCGAGCCCCGUACUGACACCGAAGCAAAAAGCCGAAUCGGUGCAGAACCUCAUGAUGAAGGACUGGAACGACGCGAAAUCCAAGGCGGGCACUGCAAAAACGGAAUCCGAUUCCGAAGCCGACCGCAAGGAAAAAUCCUACUUUGAUGAAGCAAAAACGAUCUUGGGGUGCAGCCAUUACCAGCGGAAGUGCAAGCUACUGAGUAAAUGCUGCGGCAAGUGGUAUUCAUGCCGCUUUUGUCACGAUGACAACGAGGAUCACCCUUUUGACCGAUAUGCCACCGAGUCAGUGUCGUGUUUGAAGUGCGACACGAUUCAGCCGAUCGGGCAAACCUGCUCUAACGAGGACUGCAAAUGCGAGUUCGGGCGCUACUACUGCGAGGUGUGCAAGUUCAUCGACGACGACAACAGCAAAGACAUUUACCAUUGCGACAAGUGCAAAAUCUGCCGCAUCGGCAAGGGCCUGGACAUCGACUACUUCCACUGCGACCGGUGCAAUGCCUGCAUGAGCAUCAGUCUGAAGAAGCACAAGUGCGUGGAGAGGUCGCUCGAGUCAGAUUGCCCGAUCUGUCACGCGUACAUGUUCACCUCGACCACGCCGGUCAUGUUCCUGCCGUGCGGCCAUUGCAUGCAUGUGUCCUGCUAUGAAGAGUACACGCUGACAAAUUACAUUUGCCCAUUGUGCUCCAAGUCUCUGGGCGACAUGGAACUCUAUUUCGCCAGCAUCGACGAGCUGCUAGAGCGUGAGCGUAUGCCCGCCGAGUACCAAGACUACAAGUCGCUAAUCUACUGCAGCGACUGUGAACGCAAGUCCACGACCAAGUUCCACUUCGUCUAUCACAAGUGCCAGUACGAGGACUGCAUGUCGUACAACACCAAGCUGCUGCGGCAGUUCAAAGACCCUGACGGGCAGGUCCCCUGCGGCCCCGUCGGCCAAACGCACACACACUAG